AGAUUGUGCAGCAGCCAGCAGCUUGCCACAUGGCAUCGCCGUCGUCGUCGAUGAUUCACAGAUUGCUCCUGGCUCUCUCCGUCGUCUCCGCCGCCGUGCUUGUUUCCGGCCACUUGUCCCCUGAGUUCUACGCGGCGAAGUGCCCCAACUUGCGGAACAUCGUGCGCUCCGCCAUGGCUGAGGCCGUCCGGCAGAACCCGAGGAACGCUGCCUUCGUUCUCCGCCUCUUCUUCCACGACUGCUUUGUUAAUGGGUGCGAUGCAUCGAUCCUUUUGGAUGGCACGGCGGCAUUCGCCAGCGAGAAGUUUGCGAACCCCAACAACAACUCCGCCCAUGGCUUUGAACUCAUCGACGCCAUCAAAGCCAGAGUGGAGGCUGAGUGCCCGGCCACCGUCUCCUGCGCCGACGUCCUCGCGCUCUCUGCACACGAUGGCGUCGCCUCGCUCGGAGGGCCGACAUGGACAGUGCAAUUGGGUCGCCGGGACUCGGUGGCGGCGUACCAGGCCGCCGCCAACAGAGAAAUCCCGGCGCCGUUCAACGACCUGUCGAAGCUCAUCUCCCUGUUCCGCGACAAGGGCCUCAGCCCGCGAGACAUGACCGCCCUCUCCGGGGGCCACACCAUCGGCCUAGCGCAGUGCUCCAACUUCGCCGCCCACAUCUACAACGACUGCAACGCCGACCCCAGCUUCGUCGCCAGCCGCAGGCGCAUCUGCUCGCCCGACGGCGGCAGGAACCUCGCGCCGAUCGACAGCGAGACGCCGUUCCGGUUCGACAACGCGUACUACCGGGGAUUGGUGGCGAGGAGGGGGCUACUGCACUCGGACCAGGAGCUGCUGAACGGCGGGUCGCAGGACGCGCUAGUGAGGCAGUACAGCGCCGACGGAGAGGCCUUCGCCGGGGACUUCGCGGCGGCGAUGGUCAAAAUGGGAGCCCUCAGCCCGCGUCCAGGGACGACGGGAGAGGUCCGGUUGAAGUGCAGCAAGCUCAAUUGAAGGAAGAAGUCAAGGAGAAAUCAUAAAUAUAUCUUAAAUGUUUUAUAACCAAUAAGAACUUCAAAAUUAUUUAAUCAUUUUAAUGCAGUAAGGUUUUAUUGACUUCUGCUAGCUUAUAAGUUUCU